CGAAAAUACUAAUUAAACUCACGGCAAAAUAAUAUCCUCACUCCUCAGCCAAAAAGCCCCAAACAGAUUCCGAAGCCAGUAAGCCACUUGUCCUCUGAGUCGACAACGGCCAUGGAUAGUGAGGAGGGAACUCAGCAACCGCACCUCGUGCUCGUUCACAAGCUCUUCCUCCUGAGGCACCCGGAUGUCCGGGACAUCGAGAAGGUCCGCCUCAAAGAUGAGGUCUUCGCCGUCGUCAAAUCCGACGAUAUGGCUCCGUUGUACAAAACCCUAGUGGCCGAUUCAGUGUUAGAAAGUGAUCAGGGGCUUCUUCACAAGCUAAAGAAGGUGGGUAACUCAAAUGGAGCUGUAUUAGGUUACCUUCUGCGAGCAUGGGUCGAUGGGCUUGGUGGUGCUAUGCCAGAUCGCAACCAUCAAUGGGAUUGCGGCUCUCUUUGGUGUGGUGUUUGCUUUGGGGUUUGUUUGUGCGUUAUGGGUUGGUUUGUUGAAAUAUUGAGGUUUGGUGGUUGUCUGCUUUAAAACAUAAUGCAUACAUGAUGGUGGAUUUGAGAG